GGGAUGGGUCACGGCGGCGGGGGCUAGUCGAUAGGGCAGGAGAGAGAGAGAGAGAGAGAGAGACAGAGAGAGAGAGGUAGAUAGAAAAAGAGAAACAGAUAGAAAGAGAGGAAAGAAGGAUAGAUAAAGAGGAAACGACAAGAGUCCUCCUCACCUUGCAAGAGAGGUGAGCUCCACCACGCAUUGCAAAGCGGCUGCUGCUGCUGCUACUGCUGCUGCUGUUGCAAGCGAACUGACUCUUCUUAUUCGGUCAGUUGUUAUUUGCCGCUGCUGGCAGCGUUUGUUACCGCUCCUCCUGUGUUAGGUGUGUUAUCAUCCUUUUAGGAUGGCUAGGGGGAUGGUCACGGUGGUUUUUGCGGAGGCGGUAGCAAUCGUGUUGGUCGUGCUUGUUUGAAAGAUAGUGGGUAGGUGCUUGUGUGCUUGCCUGUGCUGCGCCUUCGUCGAAAAAGGGAAAGAGAUAAAGAUAGGUAGAGGUAGCAAGAACGAGAGAGAUAGAUAGAGGGAGAAAGAGAGAGAGAGAGUGAGAGAAAAGUAGCCCUCGAGGUUACGAGGCCAAAGGAGAAAGUGGGUGUUGCCGAAGUAACGUGUUGGACCGUUCGGGAGCUGCGGGACAUGCCGGGAGCCCGGACAGGUGGUGGCGUGCUAGGAUACGACGAAAGAUAAAGAGAAAGAGAAAAAGGAAAAGGAGGAUAAAAGGAAGGAAAAGAAGGAUGCCACUUUUCGUUGAUCUUCGAUCAACGAGUCAUCAACGUAUCCUCGACUUUAACUUCGUAUCAUCCAAGGACCUUUGGCGUUGAAGAGAAGGUCCAAAAGGAAGGAUGGCAGGUGGAAGGAGUAUAACAGCAUCUAAGCAGACGAAACAUCGUCGUAGUGCACAAAGUUGGCCCUCGCACGAUUAGGUAGAAUCGAGAUUGAAAGGUGAUUGGCCAAGAAAAACGAAGAGAAGGAAAGAAAGAGAAAGAGAGAGAGAGAGGGUGAUUCCUUCCAUCCUGAGGAUCGAGAUGAGCGAUCUACAGGCCACCCUCGAGUUCUCCCUCGAGCUCUGCAAGUUCUACAAUGUUGACCUCUUUCAACGAGGAUAUUACCAAAUACGGACGGCUCUUCGAGUGUCGCCAAAAUUACCUGUCAAGGUGGAAGUCAAUCAGCUACGCAAUCAUUCGUUGGAGGCACCAGGCACGAGUAAACGUUUUCCAAUCCUGUAUAGAAAUGAAGAGGUGACACUAGGUACAUCGGUACUAUUUCGAGCUCAUGUUCUUGUACACAGUCACAAGAUUGAGGAGGCCUUGUCUCGUACACAUUUUCUUCUUGGCGUCGAACUAUGGUUCAGCGAAAAUACACAACCCGGAAAUAUGGCAUGCGUGUCAUCGAGGGCAUUGCAGCUAAACUUCGCGCCAACGAAGGGCCUCCAUUAUCAUCUCCCGGUACUCUUCGAUUACUUUCAUCUCGCCGCCGUAUCCAUCACGAUCCACGCUUGCCUCGUGGCGCUUCAUCAGCCGUACAUCAAGAAGAGUAUCCUGCAUUACGUUCAAAGUUGCGCACCACGUGGUGGAAAACCAUGGUUGCAGUUUAAACCAACUACAGGAAACAACGAGAACAACGCAACUUUUGGAAACGUUGAAAGUACUACGAGGUGUGUAGGUUCAGCUACAAGGAUGCAACAUGCCAGAUUGAUUCAACAAGAAGUUACGAGAUUACUUUUAGCCGCUAGGGAAUCCCUGAUGAAUGAUCUGGCCGAUUUAGCAAGACUUUUACCAUCUUGGCAACAAAGGGCACUCGAGCUUGCACAGAAAUCGCACAAAGAAAUGACCAAGAUGAUGGACACGGAAGAGGCAGACAUAGCUCAACUCUGUGCACAAAAUAUCCUCCUUUGGCAAAACUUUUUGGAAGCAUUCUCAGGACGCGAAGCUGUUCAUCAACAUCUCGCUAGAAUUCAUCAUCAAUUGCGAGUUAAACGUUUCGCGGAAGGUUUCUUCGUGUUGGAAAAUCCACGAAUGUCAGCGGCAGGUUGUUACGAUGCUAAUUAUCAAUCUUAUCAGGCAGUUAGUGAAGCAGCACGAAGAUCACGUUAUCUGGCAUCAUUACCACCGUUACCGGUUCAUUGUCCAGAAUUGGAUGGGGAUCUUCAUUCGUUGCCUUUGAUCUUUGAAGAUCAAUAUGCCGAUAUGCAACAGAGACAUAGAAACAGUAUUCCCAGUAUGGACGAUUGUAGUUGUGGAAUAGCCGCGAUUCUGGGAUCCAGAACGAUGGGAAUUUGGUCACCGAGAAGUGAAGGUGCUGCACAGGACAUCGGAGCGAUGCAUGCGAGGUUUGCUACGACCCCUUCGACUUUACCAGCCAGGCAUAGCAAAUCUCUCGAUCAGUUAGGUCCUGAAAUGGCGCCAUUGCAACCAAGAACUUCGCCUAAAACAUUACCCAGAUCGGUGUCGACCCAAUUGUUUCCUAAACAACGUGGUGGAAUGAGAAAUGCUACUCCACCAGCGACAGUUCCAUCGAGAGGAAGGCCAAGGUCAACGGUACCGUCCAGCAACACCCUCUUCCCACCGUCUGGACAACAACAGGCCUGUUCAGCGCCAAACCCAUCAUUGAGUUCAACUCCGGUGAUACCUUUGCCUCGAGCCAAAUCCACACAAAUGUUGGUGCAAAAUCGACAACAAGUCGAUCCACAAUCGACAUCCAUAGGUUCACUACUUGUAGCAAUGUUUCCCGAGCUACCAUCGGAUACUCGGCUGCCUGGUUAUCGGCCCAACGCUAAAUCCUGCGAACAAAAUCUAACAGUACCCUCGUAUAUCAGAACGUUGGAUUUGGCCCAACUGGCUGAUUGCUUGAAUACCGAGAGCAAGUCUUCUCACACGUCUGAAGAUUUUCAUUCUUUGGAUACCAGAAGAAUACGAUUGGAACCUAGGAGUCAUCGAUUGUUAACACGACAAGGGCUCUCUAACAACGAUCAAAAUAAUUUUCCUCUCGGUAAACCUGGUGCCAAUGUUGCUGAUGGUUUCUUGCACGAACAACAACCACAGCAACAACCACAACAACCGCUUCAUACAGCUACACUUGAUAGGAUAACGUAUCGUGGAAAUGCCAGGAAACAGGCACAUCAAACAGGUAGCAAAUACAAUCAAAUUAACGGAUUGGAUUCACGGCGUUAUCAUACGAUUGGUAAAACGAGUUCCGGUCACGGACAAUCCAAUCGGGAUAACACAAUAACGCAGGAUUCGAUGAAUGGUGGGACAACGUUGACGAGCAGUCAUUCGUUGUUGAUGGAACCGUUGUACAGAGUAUCGAAUUACUCAUCGACAACAACGGAUUCUUUCUUUUAUCGAACGAACGGUACCAGUGGACGCACACGUGACGAAACUGAUCGACCUAAGAGACCAAAAAGUACGGACAGACUCAUAGAUGAGGUUGAUAGAAACGAUUGUUGCGAGUUUAGAAGGGACAGAACGAAAAGGAAAGAUGACAGAGUGACCAAAUCACCUCGUAACGGUGUAACAUUGUCGUGUUACGUUGAUGAUAAACAACAGAAAAGAGUAAGUGGUCAACGUGAUAAAAGAACUAUGGACACGCCUAAUGAGCCCUUAUACGAAGUGAUCGCGCUCAAGGCCGAACCAAAAAGAGAAACAACCCGUAUUGAAAGAAGAAGAGACAAACAUGGUAGGAGGCCACAUUCAGCACCCGUUUUAGACACCGAACGUCCUACCGAAGAAAGUAGAAAGUGUGGUCAUAGGAAUAGGAAACCUGCGCCACCACCUGCAGCUUAUCAGGAUCCAGCUAUGGCACCAUUGCCUAAAUAUCGUCAUCCACCUCCAGCACCUACGACCAAUGUUCUUGAAGUUGAGAAUAAUAAUAAGAUUAUUCUUAAGGUUGAACCGAUAAAAUCACCUAACGAGAUACCGGCUACAAACGGUAGAACACCGUCAUCCGAAAUAUCAAGUACAGGUGAACAACCGCCCAACGUGAAAAGACUGAGAUGUGCCAGCGUACCCGUGGCACAGAACAAAAUCGUAGUACCACGUAGUGCCGUUUCGCUACCGUGCAUGCCGAUUCGCGAUAGCAAAGAUAGCCUUAGCAAUAAUCUUCCCGUCAUUCCAAAUCCCCUUAGUCCGCCGUCCACUCGACCGAGUAGUCCUACGACCAGUUCGAGCUCUAGCAAUUUGACGUCAGAGUGUUCAGGUUGGGUUAGCAGCGGUGAUACUUCUAGUUCCGAACAAAAACGUAAUGCAAGAUUGUCGAGCGAACAGUUGCGUCAAAAACUUUCGAAAAUCGUGCCGAAAAAGACAGGUCCAGUUAAGGAAAGUAGUAGUCCUAUUGAACAUUCUUACGAAGAAGUUAGAUUACCACCACCUAAAAUGUUUCAAGACGAGCCACCACCUCCGGAAGAAUUUCGCGAUCCACCAGCACCCAUCGACAAUCCUCUUUAUCACGUUUACGAAACGGUCAAGAGAACUAGGAGUCCCAAACAAAACAAAACAGCACCCUGUAGUCCUCAACGAAAUCGAGAAAACGCUUAUGGUGGUGGUACCGUUUGUUUGGAUUGUUAUCAAGAAGGCAAAGAACUCUUACAGAGUACUCAGGACGAUUUGAUCAACUUUAAAAAGUGUAAGGAAGAAUUCAAACGACAAAUGAGCUUCUCCGGUAGAAUUUACAGAGAACGCAAGGAAGCGCAGUAUCGCUUCCAUAAGCGUGCCCGUUCCUUCGGAUACGGUGAACUUCUGAACCCGUCGUCGAUUCAACAACCUUUAAGAUCGAAUGUGCCUCUUAGCGAUUACCCAAGCCUGGCCUCAACCUUGCCGUAUUUCCACAUCAGCGACGAGUACCGGCUAUUCUCACCGGAAGGUGCUCACCUGAUCGUUUGCGUACACGGACUCGAUGGUAAUGCAGCUGAUCUACGUCUCGUCAAGACUUAUCUCGAAUUGGGUUUACCUGGGGCACACUUGGACUUUCUUAUGUCCGAAAAAAAUCAAGGUGACACCUUUUCGGACUUUGACACUAUGACGGAUAGAUUGGUAGCUGAGAUACGUCAUCACAUUGAAAUAUCGGGCUUGAAUCCAACUAAAGUUAGCUUCAUCGGACACUCUUUGGGGACCAUCAUUAUUCGAAGUGCUCUAACACGACCACAACUUCGGCCAUUAAUUCCACGUUUGCACACCUUCCUUAGUUUAAGCGGACCUCAUUUAGGCACUCUUUAUAAUACCAGUGGAUUGGUUAAUGCUGGUAUGUGGUUCAUGCAAAAAUGGAAAAAGUCCGGAUCGUUGCUUCAAUUGGCAAUGAAGGAUUCGCCAGACGUCAGGCGUUCCUUCAUGUUUCGUUUAAGCCAAAAAAGCAAUUUGCAAAAUUUCAAACACGUACUUUUGUGCGGAAGCGCUCAAGAUCGUUACGUACCCCUUCAUUCAGCGAGAAUUGAACUUUGCAAGGCUGCCGUGCGUGAUCCGUCCGAUCAAGGGGCAGCGUAUCGCGAGAUGGUGCACAAUAUACUUUAUCCCGUGAUGUCGGCAUCAGGUGUGAGUUUGGUCAGAUACGAUGUCCAUCAUGCACUACCACCGACAGCAAAUGCACUUAUCGGCCGAGCAGCUCACAUCGCCGUCCUUGACUCUGAGCUUUUCAUUGAGAAAUUUCUCUUAGUUGCUGGUCUUAAAUAUUUCAGAUAAGGGAACACAUGCAACAUGGGUGGGAGGGAGAGGGUUGGAUCGAUCACACAUUAAAUAAAUUCAUCAUUCACACGGGAUUUUUGUGUACUAUUCCAAUUAAAUAAUAAGUUAGAAGAAGAAAACGGCAAGAGAAGAACAAAAAAUGGAGGAUGAUGAAAUGAUUAAU